AUGGUCCACCCGCAAUGUACUCAGCUUUCACCAUUGGUUGUACGACCACUCAUCAUAGAGGCCAAGAUUCAUCAAGACCAUCCAUUGACUCUUGCAAGAAAAUUGAAUUCAUUCACUUGUGAUGCUUGUGGGAAGGAAGGCAGGGGCAUGUUUUACUUUUGUGUCGAAUGUUCAUUUGUGGUCCACCUACGAUGUGCUUCCUUACCAUUGCAUGUCAAAGUUAUACGGCAUGAACACCCUCUUAGCCUCAAUAUUUACUCUGAUCCUUCAGCGCCAGCCAUUAAUCCAUCGAGCCUGCGUACUGUUUGUCGCAUAUGUGUUAGCAUGGUGGACACAGACGACAUGUUCUAUUAUUGCUCAACUUGUCAUGAUUUUGUUGCCCACCUUCAUUGUGCUACAUGCAAGGAAGAGAGAGAUGAAGGAUCUGUUGAGUCAUCGACAAGUCUGUUGGAACAUGAAGAACAUGGGACUGAUGAAUCCACAGACAUGUCGCCAUACGUUGUUAUAAAGCGCAAACUGGGAGUAGAUGGGAUUGAAAUAGAUGCAGAAAUCAAACAUUUUAGUCAUGAGCAUGACUUAAAACUCACUGACAAAUUUGAGACCAAAGAAAAGUGUGAUGCUUGUACGCGGUACAUCUUUACUAAUCCAUAUUAUGCUUGUGCUCAGUGUAGAUUCUUCCUUCACAAAUAUUGUGCUGAAUUAGAACGAACAAUGAGGCAUCCACUCCAUGAACACCGUCUUAAGCUCAUCCCAAGGACAACUUCUGAAUUGGGUUAUUUUCGAUGUUGGGCUUGUAGCCGUUUUGAAUGUAAUGGCUUCACUUAUUAUUGUGAAAAAUGUGACUUUAACCUUGAUGUUCAGUGCAGUUUACUCUCAUAUAAGUACUACACACAUGAUAGUCACGAACACCGACUUAUUCUUUCUAGGUUGACAGAAGAAGGCAAAAAGUGUAAUCAUUGUGAUUCAAAUGAUAGAAAAGCUUUAUUCUGUUGUGCUGAUUGUGAAUUCGCAUUGGACUUCAAGUGUUUAACACUGCCGCAUAAAGCAUGGUAUGGACAACAUGAACAUCCCUUCACUCUUUGUUAUGCUCCAGAAGAUGAUUCGGGUGAAUAUUAUUGUGAUAUUUGUGAAGAAGAACGAGACCCGAGGCAUUGGUUCUACUAUUGUGCAGAUUGCAUUUAUCCUAUUCAUCCAGAAUGUAUUCUUGGAAAAUCCCCAAAUAUCAAGCCAGGGAAAACUUACACAAUUGAUAACCAUCAACAUCCUCUUACUUUUCAUGUUAAGAAGACUUACGAUGAUGGCCGUGAUUUCAUGUGCAAGGUUUGUGUUUAUCCUAUAGAACAUUUUGGUUACCAAUGUGCCGAGUGUAAUUUCAUUGUUCAUCCAGUGUGCUUCUACAAAAUAGGAAAAAGUGAGGGAUAGUUACUUUUCUCUUUACUUGGGCUUUUAUUUAA